AUGAAUAACCAACGUGUAACCUAUGCAGAACUGAAUUUGGCCAAGUCCGCCAAGAGACAGCAAAGGAAGCCUAAGGGCACUCAAAGCUCCAUUCCAGUAACGGAGCAGGAAAUAAUAACCUAUGCAGAAUUAGCUCUUCAAAGUGCUUCCCGGGAUCUUCAAGAGAGGGACAAGAAGGACCACUCCAAAGUUUCACUAUCACCUCCAGAGAAGCGCAUUACUUGGAUCCUAGGGGUCAUCUGCCUUGUCCUGAUGUCUGCUGUGGUGACAAUACCUAUUAUUCUCUCUAAUAUAAUACUGGAGCAGAAUAAUUCUUCAUUGAAAACCGGGAUCCAGGAAGAAUAUUAUUGUGGACAUUGUCCAAAGGAGUGGUUUACAUAUUCCAACAGUUGUUAUUACAUUAGCACUGAAAGAAAAGCAUGGAAUGAGAGUGUGCUGGCCUGUGCUUCUAAGAACUCUAGCCUGCUUUACAUAGAUAAUGAAGAAGAAAUGAUAGCCAUGCUUCUGUAA